GAUCCCAGCGGGUCGGGCGGGUCGGGCGGUGCCGUGGGGAUCCCGCGGCGGCCGAGGGCCCCAGACUCAGCUUCGUGCGGCAACAUGGACCGGAUGGCCAGCUCCAUGAAGCAGGUGCCCAACCCCCUGCCCAAGGUGCUGAGCCGGCGCGGGGUCGGCGCGGGGAUGGAGGCGGCGGAGCGAGAGAGCUUCGAGCGGACUCAGACUGUCAGCAUCAAUAAGGCCAUUAAUACGCAGGAAGUGGCUGUAAAGGAAAAACAUGCCAGAACAUGCAUACUGGGCACCCACCAUGAGAAAGGGGCGCAGACCUUUUGGUCUGUGGUCAACCGGCUGCCCCUCUCCAGCAAUGCUGUGCUCUGCUGGAAGUUCUGCCACGUGUUCCACAAGCUCCUCCGAGAUGGACACCCAAACGUCCUGAAGGACUCCCUGAGAUACAAAAAUGAAUUAAGUGACAUGAGCAGGAUGUGGGGCCACCUGAGUGAGGGGUAUGGACAGCUUUGCAGCAUCUACCUCAAACUGCUGAGAACGAAGAUGGAAUACCACACCAAAAAUCCCAGGUUCCCAGGCAACCUUCAGAUGAGUGAUCGGCAGCUGGAUGAGGCUGGAGAGAGUGACGUUAACAACUUUUUCCAGCUAACAGUGGAGAUGUUCGACUAUCUGGAGUGUGAACUUAACCUCUUCCAAACUGUGUUCAACUCCCUGGACAUGUCCCGCUCCGUGUCAGUGACGACAGCGGGGCAGUGCCGCCUCGCCCCGCUGAUCCAGGUCAUAUUGGACUGCAGUCAUCUCUACGAUUAUACCGUCAAGCUUCUCUUCAAACUCCAUUCCUGUCUCCCAGCCGACACCUUGCAAGGCCACCGGGACCGUUUCAUGGAGCAGUUCACAAAGUUGAAAGAUCUGUUCUACCGCUCCAGCAACCUUCAGUACUUUAAGCGGCUCAUUCAGAUCCCUCAGCUGCCAGAGAACCCACCCAACUUCCUACGAGCCUCCGCCUUGUCAGAACACAUCAGCCCUGUGGUGGUCAUUCCAGCCGAGGCCUCAUCCCCUGACAGCGAGCCAGUCUUAGAGAAGGAUGACCUCAUGGACAUGGAUGCCUCCCAGCAGAAUUUAUUUGACAACAAGUUUGAUGACAUCUUUGGCAGCUCCUUCAGCAGUGAUCCCUUCAAUUUCAACAGUCAAAACGGUGUGAACAAGGAUGAGAAGGAUCACUUAAUUGAUCAAUUGUACCGAGAGAUCAGUGGGCUGAAGGCACAGCUGGAAAACAUGAAGACUGAGAGCCAACGGGCGGUGCUGCAGCUGAAGGGCCGCAUCAGCGAGCUGGAGGCCGAGCUGGCUGAGCAGCAGCACCUGCGGCAACAGGCGGCCGAUGACAGCGAGUUCCUACGGGCAGAGCUGGACGAGCUCAAGAAGAAGCGAGAGGACACGGAGAAGGCACAGCGGAGCCUGACAGAGAUAGAACGGAAAGCCCAGGCCAAUGAGCAGCGGUACAGCAAGCUGAAGGAGAAGUACAGUGAGCUGGUGCAGAACCACGCUGACCUGCUGCGGAAGAAUGCAGAGGUGACCAAACAGCUGUCUGUGGCCAGACAAGCUCAGGUGGAUUUGGAACGAGAGAAAAAAGAGCUGGAGGAUUCCUUCCAGCGCAUAAGUGAGCAGGCCCAGCGGAAGACCCAAGAACAGACAGAAGUACUGGAGAACUUAAAGCAAGAACUUGCCACCAGCAAACAGGAACUCCAGAUUGUCCAAGGCAGCCUAGAAACUUCUGCCCAGUCAGAAGAAAAAUGGGCAAGCCAGAUCGCCAAACUGGAGAAGGAGCAGGGCAGCUUGGUGAAUGCCAUGGCCCGUCGAGAGGAGGAAUUCUCUGCUCUUCAGGAACAGCUGGAACAGACCCAUCUCAAACUGUCCAGCACAGAGGAAUCUAUGUGCCAGCUCGCAAAGAACCAACGAAAAAAGCUUCUGGCGGAGUCGAGGAGGGCUGCAGAGCAGGUGAUUCAAGACGCCCUGAGGCAGCUCGAGGAGCCCACUCUCAUCAGCUGCGCCGGCUCUGCAGAUCACCUUCUCUCCACGGUCAAGUCUGUUUCCAGCUGCAUCGAGCAACUGGAAAAAUGCUGGAGCCAGUAUCUGGCCUGCCCAGAAGAUAUCAGUGGGCUUCUGCACUCAGUAACCCUUCUUGCCCACUUGACCAGUGACACCAUUGUUCACGGUAGCACCACCUGCCUUAGAGCCCUGCCGGAGCCUGCUGACGCACUGACUGAGGCCUGUAAGCAGUAUAGCAAGGAAACCCUCAUCUAUCUGGCUUUCCUGGAGGAAGAAGGAACCCUUGAGAAUAUCAACAGCACAGCCAUGAGGAGCUGUCUCAGCAAGAUCGCAGCCAUUGGCGAGGAGCUCCUGCCCAGAGGCCUGGACAUCAAGCAGGAGGAGUUAGGGGACCUGGUGGACAAGGAGAUGGCUGCCACUUCAGCUGCCAUUGAAACCGCUACCGCCAGAAUUGAGGAAAUGCUCAGCAAAUCCCGAGCAGGAGACACAGGAGUCAAAUUGGAGGUGAAUGAAAGGAUUCUUGGUUCGUGCACCAGCCUAAUGCAAGCUAUUCAGGUCCUGAUUGUGGCCUCAAAGGACCUCCAGAAAGAGAUAGUGGAAAGCGGCCGGGGCACAGCAUCCCCUAAAGAGUUUUAUGCCAAGAAUUCUCGAUGGACAGAAGGACUCAUCUCAGCCUCCAAAGCUGUGGGCUGGGGAGCUACUGUCAUGGUUGAUGCAGCCGAUCUGGUGGUACAAGGCAGAGGAAAGUUUGAGGAGCUAAUGGUGUGUUCCCAUGAAAUUGCUGCUAGCACAGCCCAGCUUGUGGCUGCAUCCAAGGUGAAAGCUGAUAAGGACAGUUCAAACCUGACCCAGCUGCAACAGGCCUCUCGUGGGGUGAACCAGGCCACUGCCGCUGUCGUGGCCUCAACCAUUUCUGGCAAAUCACAGAUUGAGGAGACAGACAACAUGGACUUCUCAAGCAUGACGCUGACCCAGAUCAAACGCCAGGAGAUGGAUUCCCAGGUUAGGGUGCUGGAGCUAGAAAAUGAACUGCAGAAGGAGCGUCAAAAACUGGGAGAGCUUCGGAAAAAGCACUACGAACUUGCUGGUGUUGCUGAGGGCUGGGAGGAAGGAACAGAAGCAGCUCCACCUGCGCUGCAAGAAGCGGUAACCGAAAAAGAAUAGAGCCCCACCGGCACCACACAAGUCAGAGAGUAAAUCUUUGUUGCCCAUCUAUGUGUGUGUGAUUCCCCAGCCACAAAUCAAACCCCUGGAGUCGCAGUCGCAGCCACACCACUCCCUUGUCCAGUGCCGAGGACCUGAAUGGCCUUCCAAAGACUCCCUCCACAGUGACAGCCUGUGUGUUGGAACCCGUGAUCUGUGUUCUUUCCCCACCUCCCUGGUGUCCAGAGAGGACGGGGAACAGGGCCACCCCCACAGAGAGGACCUCCUUCCUCGUCCUGCCUGCUGUUUUAACCCCAAACAAUCGGUGUCCUUGUCCAAGGGGCUGUGGUUGCUGUGGCUGAGAGCCUGGAGAGGGAAGAGCUUAUGCAUUUUCUUUUCUGUUUUCUUCUCAGUCUUUUCAGUUUCAUCAUUUGCACAAACUUGGGAGCAUCAGAGGGCUGGUGAAUUCCAAACAAGGACACUACCCUGAGUUUGUGCAGAGUCAGAAGAACAGCGGGAGUGCCCUGGCUGACAAGGCCAAGGCUACCCUCCCCCUCUCUUGGCAGUUCCAUGGAUUCCCACUGCUUCUUAUAGUGGUUGGUUGGGUUUUUUGGUUUUCUUUUCUCCAGUUUCACUCAUAUAGCCAACUCUCCCAAAGGGAACCCCCCCUGAAGCACUGAGCUCUUGGGGGCCCCUGACCACAGCAGUUAACAGCGAUGGUGCUGCUUAGGCUUCACCCUGGUGCUUCCCGUCAGCCUCCAUGCUGAGUGUCCUGCUGAGCUAGUGUGGGUCAGCCAAGGCCACGCCCCAGGGUCGGUCGGAGCUACUGAGCCACAGCUUUCCUCCAAAGGCAGAAGUGGAGUGCGUGCCUUUCCAUCCUAGAGCUGGAGCCCAGCUGAAAGCCUCUGCCCACCUCCCCAAGUGAGAGGGCCACAGGAAGAGGGAAAGGAGGGGUGCACACAACCAGGUCUUCAGGGAAUUUUCUUGGGAACUCCUUGUGACCAGGCUGAAACAAUGCUUGAAUGGAGCUGUUGAGAGUAGCCACACCUCUUCCCCCAGAAUGAAUUUCCCUUGGCACCUCCCUUCAGACCCAGGCAGGGCCCUAAGAGGAAGCUUGUGAAGGGUUUCCAAGUUUUUUCUCCAAACGUCUGCCUGCCUUGGUAUCCUCUUGAACCUGAAGAAGAUAGUUCCAUGUUCUACCUAACUGACCCAGAAGAUCAGGCCAACUUGCUCCCAAUAGGAAAGAACCCUGUGCUUGGUUUGGUACCUUUAAUAUUUAUUACUAACCUCCAUUAAGCAACGGCAGCCUACAGAAAGACGCUUGAAGCAAUCAGGAUUUCAGAUGUGACUGUGGCAAGCCUUGUGUCGCUGCCCUAGACAUGGGUCUUCAAGAAUCCGAAAUAAGGCCAAGAUGCCGUCCUGAUCUGUUAGUGGCUUGGAUCAUGAACCAAGCAAGGUUCCUCAGAGCAUCUGGGUCAGGGAAAACAAAAAAGGGGAACCACUGGCUCUGACGCCUUCCAGCCACACAUCCCGGGGCCCUCACUACCUGCAGACAGGAUGAGGAUAGAGGACACGUUAACAGCCUGACAGCACUUCUCCACCUCCAGAUGGACUGAUCCCAGCAUUUAAGUGACCUUUUGAUCUUGGACAAACAGUGUCUUCCUAUCUGUAGCAACUCAUAGGUAGUAGCCAAUAAGCACUUCCCAGGACCUGUCCCAAAAGAAGAUUGCUAAGUGUGGUUACAUGACAGGUUGUGAGGCUCCUGUUUGAUCACUGUGAAUCAAGCCCCCUCCUUCCUAAUCACCACCCUCGCACCCCGCCCUCUGCCCAACUCCGUCUCUGCAUUUUCUAAGUAGGGCACUCAAAAAACUGUCUCCCAUUAGCUCAGAUUAUGAGACUCAGACAUGUGAUUGCCACACUGGGUUAACGAGGGCUCAGCAGUAGAUACUGAGCGCUCUCAUGUCUAAUGCUUCUUUGCGCUCAGCGUUUUUCCAUCCGAGGUUCAGAAGGAGUGGUGUGUGGCAUCCCUGGCCCACUGGUGCCAAUUAAGCCCAAUCAGUAGGUUUUCAGUGUGGGUCAGCAUUUCCAAUGGUGGCUAGUCCUUGCUUUCAGAGUCUCUGCCAUUGAAACAGCUGUGCUUCAAAUUCCAGUGGGGAAAAAUAUCUCGUAUAUUGGACCAGAUUAGGACUUUUUGAAUAACACUCCCUCUAAAAGGAAGCCACGGUCAUUUUUAAAACUUUCAUGGGCUUAGCCAGUAAUAAAACAGUUAAGAAAGCACUUAAACAGGAGCACAGGCUCUAUCAGUCUCACACGAGCCUCCUAUCAGAUAAUUACUUUGAUCAUCGCUCAAGUUAGAAGCUAGUCCAUUCUCUAGCCAAAAUCAAAUUGUCCUACCUUGGCUCUUCUAAAAAUGAGUGUGUGAAAUACCUUAAAACAGGAGUCACACCCUAAGGCUAAAAAUGAACCUCACAGCCUUUUAAAUUAGUCACUGAACAUCAUUAGUGACUGGAGUCUCAUGGGUCAGUGUAAAUGGGUCAUGGCAAGAGAGGACAGCAACAAAAUAAUGAGAAGUUGAAAUACAGCUGCAUCCGUUAUUUAAUUUUGUAAUACGGUGCUCUAAUACCUCAAGAAUAAGGAUAUGUGUGUACACAAUAAGGAAAAAAUAGAAAAAAAGACCUUUGUGGGGUGGUUUUAUGUCUGAGCAAGGAGUUUAAAUUAUAAUUGAGAUUGAUCCGUAGGAUCCCACCUAAAUAGGAGUCCCCAGCCCUGUGGCUGGAAGAACCAAACAUUGUCCAGAGAAUCCUUUCCUGGAAGUGUUUGAGCUGCUGAGUCCGACACCAGGUACCACAGGGGUCACAGGUGCACGUCGCUCAGUCAGGUUGGUGUGCUUUGGCCUCUCGCCGAGGAGGAGCUGGUUCUGAGCUUGUACCCAGGAAGCACUUGCUUGCCAGCUCCUUGGGCGGGGUUCACUGCCUCCACUUACCCUGGUCUUUAAUAACUGGUAAAGUUCUUGCUACCUUCUACCACCUUUUCAAGUCUCUGGGACUCCCUCCUGGCAAUGAAAGCCUUCAAUCCUGGCAUUGCCCUCUCUCUACCCGCCUUGGUCCUCCAGAGACUGCAAUGCCUGUAGCACAGAACACUACCACCACGGGCCUGCCAGCCAUCAGCACAGCAUACCAGCCAGCUGUCUGCUGCUCAAAUCCUUCGUCUCCCAGGUCCAGACCAAAUCAGGAUCAACAACCCACAGUGGUGGCCCAGCCUUUCACCCCAGGAGCCAAAGCAACGCAAAACAAUUGGUUCGAUGCCGUUGGGUCCGAUUCUGAGAGUAGUUAGCUUCCAGAGAUGUCUUUCAGAUGACCCUCAACUACCUCAGGUUUGAAGGCCCUCAAUUAAGCUGAUUACUACUCAUAGGGACACACCAAGGGGGGUCAGAUAAAUCUUGGGGAUAACGCAAUUGUCUCAAACUUAUAACUCUUUCACACUUAGGUUUGCAGGGAUGGGGUUGGGCUUUUCUGUUUUUAACCUUUCCCCCAAUUUUCCAUUAGAAUAGUUCCUAUCAAUGAAUUUCAUUUUUCACUGAGUGCCUACCUUCCCAGGGCAGGUAGCCACUGGCUUUUGUUCCCUUCCAACAAGACUUUUAUUAUGGUAUUAAGACCUUCCUUUGUAUAAUACAUUGCAUCUGUGUUUUCAAUUUUUCAAAUAAAUAUUUCAACCUGGCAA